AUGGGAAGUAGAUACCGUAAUACAAGAGGAGAUUAUGGGCCAAUUUUGGCUAGAGAGUUGGAUAGUUCAUACGAUGAAAAGGUAAACAGAAACUUUGCAAAUAGUAUUUUUGUCGGUAACUUGACAUACGAUUGUACUCCUGAUGAUCUUAAAAAAUAUUUUUCUGGUAUUGGUGAAGUUGUCCGUGCAGAUAUUAUAACGUCAAGGGGACAUCAUAGAGGGAUGGGAACUGUAGAGUUCACUAAUACUAGAGACGUAGAUGAAGCAAUUCGUCAAUAUGAUGGUUCGUUUUUUAUGGACAGAUCUAUUUUUGUAAGACAGGAUAACCCACCUCCAGAAGAUAAACGUGAUAGAUUCCAAAGUAAAAGAAUAUCAAGAGAAAGUCGUAAGAGAGAUAGUCGAGAAUCAUUUACUGUUUAUGUAGAAAACUUACCAUACUCUGUCAAUUGGCAAGCCCUUAAAGACAUGUUUAAAGAAUGUGGUGAGGUUUUGCAUGCAGAUGUCGAAAUUGACAGUAGUGGUUAUUCAAAGGGAAGGGGUGUUGUAGUAUUCCCUAAUGAAGAAACAAUGAAAAGAGCAAUUAGGAUGUAUAAUAAUUAUGAGAUGAAUGGAAAAACUUUAGUAGUUACUCCAUCACGUUAUGAUUCAAAAGAUUACCAAGAAAAUUUUGACUCAGAACAAGCUACUGCUGUUGGUGUGGAAGGAGAUAUUGAUGAUGUUGAUAUAGAUGCAGCUAAUAGAUUUACUGAAGGUUAUGAGGCAGAAGGAGAUCGUAAUAAUUUUAUAUUCUGUAGUAAUUUACCGGAAUCUACUGCUAAAAGUGAUCUUUUUGAUUUAUUCGGUACAAUUGGUAAUGUUGUAAAUGCUGAAUUGAGAUAUGACCCUUUAGGUGCACCAACUGGUAUUGCAGUAAUUCAAUACAGUGAUAUAUCAGAUGCGGAUGUGUGUAUUGAAAGAUUGCAUGGUUACAAUUAUGGUGGAUGUGAUUUAAAUGUUUCUUAUGCUAAGAAAGUUUAA